AUGGCGCCUGUGAUGCUUCACAUCUACCAUGUGUCCACGAACAGCACUGUGGGCGCCGUGAAUGAGUACUUGGAGGCCAUCGGAACAGGUGCCUUCCAUGCGGGAGUGGAGGUCAGAACAGAGGCCAACGGCGCCAUGGAGUACAGCUAUGGCUAUGCUCCCGACCGUACAGGGGUUUUCACGAACAAGCCCAAAGAGUGCAAGGCCCACAUAUACAAGGAGUCCUUGGAAAUGGGUGACACGACCAAGACAGACUCCGAGAUCGACGAAAUCAUUGAGCAGUUGAAGGAAGACUGGCCUGGCUUUGAAUACGACCUGCUGCGCCGCAACUGCUGCCUCUUCAGCAAGGAGCUCGUGGAGAAGCUCGGUGUUGGCCCAGUGCCCACCUGGGUGACGAACCUGGCUGCAGCCGGGGCUACGCUGCAUGAUGGCAUCCUGAAAGGCAAGGAGAUCGCCGACAAAGCCGCUGUGAUGGCAAGGGCCAAGGCCGGAGAAAUCGAUGCGAAGUACAACAUCAGUGGCAAGGUGUCGGCGGGCGCCAAGGAAGUGAUGCUGGCAGCCGGACGUUUCGACGAGGAGUACAAGGUUCGAGAGAAGGCUUUUGCGGCAGCUGUUGCUGUGAAGGCGAAAGCUGGAGAGCUCCACCAGGCAGCGAAGGACAAGGCUGCCGAGAUUCACAAGGAUGCGGACGCGGAUGGCGAUGGCAAAGUCAGCGCCGAGGAGAUGAAGCUUUACUUGAAAGAGCAACUCCGCACCUCCCACGAGAAGGCCAUGCAGGCAGCAAGGGACCUGCACGCGAGUGUGGACAAGGAUGGAGAUGGGAAGAUCACCUUCGAAGAAGCGAAGACAUUUGCGACAGAGAGGGCUGGAGCCUGCGGCUGCGAGGCAUGCACAGUGCAGUGA